AGGGUUCGUGUGCUUGCAGUCGUCUCCGCUCGGGGAGGAGAGGCGGCCGGCGGAGAGAGGGUGAAUGGAUCCGCGUGUGGCCUGGAUUCAGCCCGAGCAGAAAGGACCCGCUAAUGCUCUCUGGAUGCAGAUCUGGGAGACCUCGCAGGGAGUGGGGCGGAGCAGCUCUAGCUACCCGCCGUAUUUCUGCCUCAACUCCCCGGCUCUCGACACGACAGCUGCCGCUUCCUCCCCCUGCACCCCUGGCGGCGGGAGCCACAGCUGCAGCCCACUUGUCAAAGCUGGCCCCGCCGCGGCUCUCCCGGCUUCGACCCCCGGCGGCGGCAGCGGCAGCCUCCCCUCGGCCUCCUCGCCUCCACCUCCCGCGGCGCUGCCGGUGCUGCUGACCGGACUGGUCCCCGCCGCCGCAGCCGGGAGCGCAGACGGUGGGCGGCGGCUGCAGAAGUCCCCCUCCGUGUCCUCGUCGUCGUCCACUUCUUCCAACAACGAGUCCGGCACCGAGAGCCCCGGCUUUUCCUCCUCUUCCUCGUCCUCGUCCUCCAGCAGCGCCUCCUCCGGCCGGACUCUGUCCGGGGGCGGCGUUGGGACCUUACCUGGCCGGGGAGGAGGCGGAGGCCCCGGCGCCUUUUUUAACUUCAAUGAGAACAAACUGAACAAUCUCAACAGCGUGAAUGGCCAUCACCACCACCACAACCCGCACAGCGGAGCCAACAGCAACCUUCUGGCGCCGCCGCCUCCUCCGACCCCGCCGCAGCCGCAGCAGCAGGAGCCGCAGCAGCAGCCCCAGCCCCCGCCCCCGCCGUCUUCUGCCCCCGCUUCAGCCAACUCCAUCCAGCAGCACCAGUACCAUCCGGGCCGCAGGAAACGGGAGAAUAAAGCUAGCACUUAUGGCAUGAACUACCUGCUGUCCGGGAGCCGGGGGGCCGCGCUGAACAAUAACCACCUCCCCCAGGAGCAGCAGCAGAGACCCGGCACCCCUUGGAAGACCAGGACUUACAGCCCGGGCAUCCAGGGGCUUCAUGAAGAAAUAAUUGACUUUUAUAAUUUCAUGUCCCCCUGUCCUGAAGAAGCAGCUAUGCGAAGAGAAGUAGUUAAAAGAAUAGAAACUGUCAUAAAAGAUCUUUGGCCUACGGCUGAUGUUCAGAUAUUUGGCAGCUUUAGUACAGGACUUUAUCUUCCAACUAGUGACAUAGACUUAGUAGUUUUUGGAAAAUGGGAACGUCCUCCUUUACAGCUGUUGGAACAAGCAUUACGGAAACACAAUGUGGCUGAGCCAUGUUCCAUUAAAGUACUUGACAAAGCUACAGUACCAAUAAUAAAACUCACUGACCAGGAGACAGAAGUGAAAGUUGACAUCAGUUUUAAUAUGGAAACUGGUGUGAAGGCAGCUCGGUUGAUCAAGGAUUAUAUGAAGAAAUACUCAUUGCUGCCUUACUUGAUUUUAGUAUUAAAGCAGUUCCUCUUGCAGAGGGACCUGAAUGAAGUUUUUACAGGUGGAAUUAGCUCUUAUAGCCUAAUUUUAAUGGCCAUUAGCUUUCUACAGUUGCAUCCCAGAAUUGAUGCCAGAAGAGCUGAUGAAAACCUUGGAAUGCUUCUAGUAGAAUUUUUUGAACUGUAUGGAAGAAAUUUUAAUUACUUGAAGACUGGUAUUAGAAUAAAAAAUGGAGGUGCCUAUAUCGCCAAAGAAGAAAUCAUGAAAGCCAUGACCAAUGGAUAUAGACCAUCCAUGUUGUGCAUUGAAGAUCCUCUACUGCCUGGAAAUGAUGUUGGCAGAAGUUCAUAUGGUGCCAUGCAAGUGAAGCAAGUUUUUGACUAUGCCUACAUUGUUCUUAGCCAUGCAGUGUCACCACUAGCAAGAUCAUACCCAAACAGAGAUUCUGAGAGUACACUAGGUAGAAUCAUCAAAGUAACACAGGAAGUAAUUGACUAUAGAGGAUGGAUCAAAGAAAAAUGGGGAAACAAAAUAAAUCUAUCACCUGAUCUUGAUAAUAGAAUAAAGAUAAAAGAGCAGAUAACUCCAUGUAAUGGGGAUCAGCCUCAAAGCAGAGACACAGAAUCACCCUUUAGCCAGCGUUUGACUUUACCUUUGUCUAGCACCCAACCUCUUUCCUCUGGUUCAUCUGCUUCUUCUGUAUCUUCACUUUCUGGAAGUGAUAUCGAUUCUGAUACACCACCUUGCACAACUCCUAAUGUUUACCAAUUUAGUCUGCAAGCACCAUCUCAGCUUAUGGCCAGUUUACCUACAGCAUUGCCAAUGCCAAGUGGUAAACCUCAGUCAGCUCCUACUAGAACGUUAAUAAUGACAACCAAUAACCAGACUAGGUUUACUAUACCUCCACCUACCUUAGGUGUGCCCCCACUUCCUUGCAGACAAGUUGGUAUUGAAGGGACACCAUCUUUGAAAACUGUUCAUCAUAUGUCCUCUCCUGCUGUUCCUUCUACAUCUCCCAACCCACUCUCAAGUCCCCAUUUGUAUCAUAAGCAGCACAAUGGCAUGAAAUUUUCCAUGAAAGGAACUCAUAAUCAUAACCAAGGCAAUGGUUACAAUCCUGUUGGCAGCAGUGGCAUGCGACAGCCUGUGGGCAACAGAGGACACCAUCAAUAUAACCGUACUGGCUGGAGAAGGAAAAAGCAUACGCACACAAGAGACAGUUUGCCUAUUAGUCUCAGCAGAUAAUGGCUCAUGUCAGAAUUAUCUAUCCCCAAUUUUACAAACUGAAGCUGAGUGACAUUGGACACUGAACUGGGGAACUGAGACCAGCAUUCAGCACAUCAGCGUACGGGUAUUGUGAAAUAUCUGCAGCUGAUUAUUUUGCAUGUUUCUUUGUGUGGUGGUUAAGUCCAUCUUAAAGAAAAAGUAGUUGUGCUCAUCUGUGAAGCCUUAUUAAAUGUGGAAGUUGU